AUGAACAGUUCAGGCCAGAAACUGCUGAGAAACAUUCUACAUAUCAGAAUCCACAGCGUUCGGGAACCCAUGCAAUUUUACAACUUCUCUAGCGGCCACGGUCUUGACUGUGUAAGGAUGCUUCAAGAAAGCCCAUUAACCAAAAUUGCUCGGCCCGUGGUCGUCUCCAAUCUCACGCCACCGGUUCCAAUCGCCAAUCUUCUGAAUCUCUCUGAUCCCUCUCUGUCUCUUCCUCAGCCGUAUAUAACAAACCGUCGUCGCCGGAGAUCUGAUCUUCACCGACCCAACAGCAUGUCUUUUUCCGAUGAUGAAGACGAGUGUUUCGCUCGGUUCCUCGAAUCAGAAGUCGAAUCGGUAAAGGAUGAAGAAGAAACAAAAGAACCUGAACCUAAACGACAAUGUCUUGAGAAAGAGAAAGAAGAAGCAAACCCUAAAGAGAAGGAUGGAGAUCAGAAGGAAGAUGUUAACAAAGAUAGAAAUGGUGCAAAGAGAAUAGAGAGUGGAGUUUUCAGCAAAGUUCCUACAGAGCUAUUUCGUCAAAUCCUCAAGUUUUUAUCCUCUGAGGAUCUUGUAUCAUGCUCUAUGGUGUGUAAAUUUCUCAAUUUCGCUGCCUCUGAUGAAUCCUUGUGGCGUCGCUUGUACUGUAUCCGCUGGGGUCGAAUGCCUACAACUAGAAAGUUACGUGAAUGUGCUUGGAAGAAGCUUUAUAUCGAUCGUGAUGAGAAGGACAUGAUCGAACUUGUGAGAACCUGUCCGGCGGAUUUCAAAGAGUAUUACAUCCAAAUGCAAUCAGCAAAGAGAAGCCAAGCACCUCUUCCGUCCGAGAUGGUGGAUGACCGGAUUAUUCUUGACAAAACUGUACUUGACCAAGUAUCUCUGUGGAAGAAAAGCAAAGGACUUGCGGAUAAAGCUGUGAUUGGCCAUGAAUGUGUGGGAACAAAAUGUGAUUACCAUGAGAUUGACGACGUGUUCAUAUGCAAAGAGACGGGGAAUGUUCAUGUAUGCGAUGAUAACUGCAAGGAAGGAACAUAUUGUCGAGAGAGUGGGAUCAUGGUGUGUACUAUCUCAGGGCUUUGUUCUGAUAGUUUGCUCUUAGAACUUGAUUCAGACACUGAUGAGGAAGAAGCUGAACUUGAAGCUGAAAUAUUGACAGAAAAAGGCCGUUUUGAUCGAGCUUUUGAAUUUGGAUACAACUGCGAGAAUGAGAGUGAAUUAGAACGUUCCUUUGGGUUUUGCUGA